GCCGUCGCCAUUGGCGGUCGUCCUGGUCGGCAGAGAGCGAGGACGGGGUUCCAUGCGCAUCCGGGAAACAUCGUCGUCGAAGACGUUGCGACGUAGCUGAACAAAAAUAAAAGGAGUAAAACGAGAGAGAGAGAGAGAGAGGAAAGAAAACUGACAAGUCACCGGGGUUUUGUCGAAGGACGGAUGAGACAUUAAAAUCGACCAGUUCAAGCAUUAAAUAUGGCAUCGCGAAGGUGGAUGCUGCCGCUGCUGAUCCUGGGAGCCGGCGCGUACGCUCUGGUUCCCGCGGCUCGGCAGCUGAAUCGGGAGUCCUUAAGGAGCGCCCUGGACGCGGUCGCGCGGAAGCAGAGAUCCCUGGACGCGGCGGACUCGCCGGAAUAUUACAACGAUCUCCACUCGUUCAAGUAUCACGGCGGCGCCGACCGCAAGUUCGAUCGCGACUUCGACGAGGACGACGAGGAGAUCGAGUUUCUGCCGGAUAAUGGCCAAUUAGAGACAGUAGGGGAGGGUCUUCAGGGCCUGAACAACAAAUUAUUCGAGAGAGCGCUGCUCGAUUAUUUGGAGACUCUACCCGAACAGGAGGAACCGGUGGCCUCCAUCUUUCGCGAACGCGAGCGAAGCGGCAGCCGAAAACGAGGCGGCGCCGGCGACCGAUUGAACCUGGACGACAAGGAACUGGCGAGGCUGUUCCUGGAGGAGCUGCACGACGGUGCUCCGUACGGUUCGCUCGACGAGAUGGACGACGACGACUAUUUAACCGCAUUACAAUCGCUGUAUGACAGAUACAGAGCUGGUAGAGGGAACAAAGUAUACGAAACGGCAGGACCAAUGUCUUGGGGCGAUCUGCUUAGCAAGGACUCGUCAUCGAGGAAGAACGACGACGAGUUCGCGGAUCAGGAUCAGAAUAUCCUGUACUUGCCGCCUACGUUGGAACGUAGAAACGUCAACGGCCGAUAUCCUAUCGGUCGUGAAUUCGGCAAUUAUCGCAGGCUGACAAAGCGUUAUCCGGUCGCUAAGAGAAGCCCCAGACCCACCCAGACUAAGCUAAAGACCACGGAUCCUAAGGUUGCUCAAGACCUGGGAGCUCUAUUUGGCACGCAAUCCACGGACGUGCAUAAUCGCACUCAUCAAACCGAUCACGAUCACGACCACAAUCACGAACACAAUCACGAACACGACCACGAUCACGAACACGGUCACGAGAGCGCAUCAUCGGAAAUGCCGCCGAAAGUGACGCCGUCUCCGAAGGGUCAAAAGGAAAAUAUUACGAAACAGGACAAAUCGAAAUUCGUCCAAGUGAGAAAGAAGAGUGUCGAUUGGUCCCAAUAUUUCGGCAUCGAUCGUAGAAAGAAGAAGGCUACCUUCGCGGGCGGACAGGACACGCAAAAUCAGGACGACGAGUGGAUGUUGCAGCGCUAUUACGAAAAUAUGGCCGAAAAUUUGAAACCGAAGGAUGAUGAGAACGAGCAAAAGGACAAACAACUGCAGGAUCUGAAAUUAAGAUACUUAAACUUGAUUCUCAAGGAAGCUAUGAGAAAUUCCAAUUUAGAGGAUGAGGACGAGCUGCUAGAUAAUAAAGUAAGGCCACGAAUUACGGCAGCUGACUGGCUGCAGAAAGCGCUGAACAAUCUCCGAAGUAACAUCGCGGCUCAGAAAGAGUCGCAAAAGACGGAAAAAGAAGCGCACAAUCUGACAUCCAAUUUCCGCGAAAAUAGCAACGGUAGCCCUAUCAUUAAUAGCGAUAACAUUCGUAGGACGGAUGAUAAACGGAACAGUAUCAGUAAUAACGUAGAUGACGGCGAAUCUAUCGAGGAACCUAGAAGCUGCCCGGAAUUAGAAGCCAUCGAAUGGCGAUGCCGAACCGUGGAUAAUUUAGCCGGAGAUUCAUCUCGAAUGCUUUACGUGCCCUGCGUGAAGCUGCAGAUAUGUAAAGCUUGCGCGCACGACGAGGAAGGGUUGCUACCCUGCCUGGCAAAUUACGCGGCGGAGGUCGGGAAGGUUUGCGACACGUUGCGUCCCUCCAAAGAGGGACAGUCCUCGUGCGCGAACGCCGCGCUGCUCCUGUCGCAGCUGCAGCCUCCUGGGGCCGCGGUCGCGCAGUGUCGCGCGCGCCGCGACUCCUGUCUACGACGUUAUAACGCGCGAUACGAGCACCGUUACUUCCGCACGUCGUCGGCGUACGAAACACCAGCCUCCUCGUCCUCGUCGCCGUCGUCGGGACAUCGUCCGCAUCACACGGGCGCUCUCGACGCCCUGCAGCAAACCUUGUCCGAACGAUAAGAGACCGAGGAAGCCCCGAGGUUCCGCGCCGGAAACCACGGUCGGACCGCCAAUUGUCCGGAUAUUUUUUUUAAGAUUGAUUUCCUGGCUCAAGGAGAUAAUUUUUGUAUCGAGAGAUUAAUUUGUAUUGUUGUUUUUAUAAUCUUGUUUGAUAUACAUAUAUAUUGUAAUUUAUUUAAGUUUUCCUCUAAUAUUCCAGAGGAUGUUUCGUCCGGAUAAUCGGCGGCUCACCGAUAAGGGUGUUUGAAUGAUAAAAACGUGAAUCCAGGAGAUUCAUCCUCAGCGGAUAUCAUAUAAAUAUUAAAUUAUUAUAAA